AUGAGCUUCUUACCGGCAUGGGAGGCGUUGAUGGUGAAGGAUAUGGGUCGACCAACGGUGCCCGGUGAUAUGUCCGUGACGGAGACUCGGGCAGCGCUAUACGCUGUGACUAGGAACGGACUUCCCUCUACGUGCCCGCCCAUUGCGCCUGCGCGCACCUUUGACAAGAUUAUUAGUUUAAAGCGUGAUAAAUGUUUUUUAUGCUGGAAGUCCCAGGCUGGAAUACAGUUCUACAUGGGGGAAGGGGACAUUUGUUGGAUUAUGGAAAUCAUUAUUUAUAUUACGUUACAUAUGAAAUUGGCAAAACCUUGGGAAAUCUAA